CCAAGGACCCCAGGCUGAUGGGUGCCCACUUCAGCUCCAAGGCCACUACCGCAGCCACCGAGGAGGCGGAGGCGCCGGGAGAAGCGCUGCGCUUCCACGAGGACGCCCGCGGCGCGCAGGUGCAGCUGGGCCCGCUGGGGUGCACGGCGCACCGGGGCGCCACGUUCCACGACGGCAUCGUGUUCAGCCAGCGGCCGGUGUGGCCCGGCGAGCGCGUGGCGCUGCGCGUGCUGCGCCAGGAGGGCGGCUGGUGCGGCGGCCUCCGCGUGGGCUUCACGCGCCUGGACCCCGCCAGCCUGUCCGCGCCCAGCCUGCCGCCCUUCGUGUGCCCGGACCUGGAGGAGCAGAGCCCGACGUGGGCGUCCCUGCUGCCGGAGGGCUGCGUGCGCGCCGGGAACGUGGUCUGCUUCUGGGUGAACCGCCGGGGCUGGCUCUACGCCAAGGUCAACGCCGGCCGCCCGCUCCUGCUGCGCAAAGACGUGCUCAUGGGCGCCCCGCUCUGGGCGGUGAUGGACGUGUACGGGACCACCAAGGCCAUCGAGCUGCUGGAUCCAGCCACACCCUUGGUCUCCAGUGAGGAUGCUGGGCCUGAUCUCAAAGCCACACCAGGAGAGGAGUGUGUCAUCUGCUUCCACAAUGCUGCCAAUACCCGUCUUGUUCCCUGCGGCCACUCACACUUCUGCAGCUCCUGUGCCCAGCGAGUCUUCAGGGACACGGCCAAAUGCCCUGUGUGUCGGUGGCAGAUUGGGGAGGUGGCCCUGGUGAGGACUGAGGAAGGCUCAUAGGCGGAGAAGGCUUCCCAUGUGAGUGGCAGAUGGGGCCUUGCUCUGAGCCUGACCGUGGGAGGUGCACCUCUUCCCUCCUUCGCGGCACCGAUCAGCAGCAAUAGCAGCGAGAGGGGAGCCAGGGUCUGGCUGCUUCUGGACUUUCCCUCAGGCUCAGGCCGGGACCAGUAUGGUAGAGCAGAAGAACCCUCUCUUUCUGCCUAUGUUGGAAUGUACCCCUGUGGGGUGCUGUGUUCAGAUUUCUCAUCGUACAGCUGAGGAAAUACAAGGGUCUCUCCAUGUCUGCUGGAAGCCCUGUAGCCCCUAGGUGGCUUUUUAAAAAAUGUGUCUUCUUCUUUUUGGUUUUUGUUCUGAUUCGGAAGCUUGGGCCAUAGGCCAGAGCGCUCUCCCUUAGCUUUUUCACUUGAGGCUGGUACUCUACUUGAGCCACACUUCCAUGUCCAGUUUUUUUUUU